AUUCUAAAUGACUAUUACAAACGAUGAUAAUGAUCGUCACGAAAACCGAUGUGAAAAUAUGGAGGUGAACGAUAAUAAUUUAAGAUCUCAAUAUACGAUAGGCAGUAACGACUUCAUACUUGUAGACGAAGUCGGAGAAAGACCUAAGAAAAAUGUCAAAGAAAAAUUUCACGAAUUCUCGUCGUGUCUGAACAGUAAUUCAAAGACAAUGUUUACGUACAAAACAAUCACCAAAAGACUACCGAUUUUGCAAUGGUGGCCGACUUAUUCCGCAGACGACGGUAUCGGAGAUCUUCUGGCGGGCAUCACAGUCGGUCUGACGCUUAUCCCACAAUCGAUGGCCUAUUCCGCUCUAGCCGGUCUGCCGCCACAACAAGGUCUUUAUGGUUCGUUCGUCGGCUGUUUGAUAUACGUCUUCCUCGGUUCCUGUAAAGAAGUGCCUAUGGGGCCGACGGCCAUCGUGUCGCUAAUGACGUACAACACGCUCCACGGACUCGGACCCGUGUACGGCACGCUGCUGUGUUUCUUAACAGGUGUCAUCCAAUUGAUAAUGAGCGUAGUGGGAUUAGGCUUUUUGAUCGAUUUUAUUUCCGGACCAGUGAACUCGGGGUUUACGUCGGCCGUCGCCAUACUCAUCAUAGCGUCACAAUUCAAAGACUUGAUUGGCAUCAAAGCCGCGGGCACAACGCUAUUGGACAUGAUAAUAUCGAUAUCCAAAGACAUAAAAAAUUUCCAAAUGGGUGACACAUGGCUAGGGAUAAUUUGCAUUGUUAUUAUUCUUCUGUUGAGGAGAAUGGCUCUGUGUCAAAUCGGACCCAAAGACGUGAAAGAACAGACCACGUUCCACAAAGUAAUGAACCGAUCCAUGUGGAUGAUCGGCACAUUCAGAAAUUCGAUUGUGGUUAUCGUUAGCAGUUACGUGGGUUACAUGUACAUAACCUCAACGGGGCACGACGUGACCUCUGACGAAAUACCACCGAUACCGUUCAAAUUGGUUGGUAAAAUACCAUCGGGCUUGCCAGAAUUCGAUCUUCCGAAGUUUAGCAUCACGCGAGAUAACGGAACUACAGUAGGAUUCUUUGAAAUGGUCUCGAACAUAGGUUCUGGAGUUAUAGUGUUACCGAUAAUUGGGCUGAUUGAAACAAUUUCUAUAUGCAAAACGUUCGCCGACGGUAAACCUGUCGACGCCACACAAGAGUUACUGGCCACCGGUCUGUGCAAYAUCGGCAAUUCGUUUUUCCACGCGUAUCCCGGCUCUGGGUCUUUUUCCAGGAGUGCCGUGACCGCAGCUAGUGGAGUUCGAACUCCGAUGGAGGGCUUAUACGCUGGUAUUUUGGUUAUCGUCGCCUUGCUUUUUUGUACGUCCUAUCUUUACUACAUACCAAAAGCUGCUCUCGCAGCGAUCAUUGUUGCCGCGGUCAUAUUCAUGGUUGAAGUGCGCGUGGUCAGGCCUAUUUAUAGAUCGAAAAUGCCUGAUGCCUGA